AUGAAUCUUUAUUUAUAAUCUGUUGAAAUAAAAUUUUUUUGAUUAGGUUUUUAUUUUAGCCGAUUUCUUUACAAUGGAUAAUCGAAAACUGGUUAGAAAACAUCUGAGAAGUCGCGAGACAUUUGUUAAACAUAGUGGACUGUCAGUGAAUGAAGAACCAACACAGCAUAUAGUCAUUCUCAAUGGUGGUUUAUCGAAUAGUGUCACACGAGAGGAAAUUUUAGUUCUAUUUAAUGAUUAUACCGGUUCUGUCGAUGUAAAUAUGCCUGUUGGAAAACCAUACUGCUUUGUCAGUUUUAAUGAAAUUUCGGAGGCAGAACGCGCCAAAAGAGAAUUUCAUGGUUUUAGUUUAGCUAGAUCAUGCGUUGCUUCACCUUGUAUAGUUUAUACAGACUUUAUAACAGAUGUACCUGGUUUGGAAAGACCAUCCUCCAGUAAACCGCAAGAUUUAUUAUUAUUUGAAGAUUAUAUAAGUCCAGAAGAGGAGGAAUUGUGGCUGAAUCAGCUAAGUUUAAAUGAACAGGAGGAGGACUCUAAGGCAGUGAUGAAACACCGGAGAGUUAAACAUUAUGGUUACGAAUUUUUGUACUCUAUUAACAAUGUAAAGAAGGAUUCUCCGUUACCCGAAGGCAUUCCCAAUUACUGUAAAACUGUGCUGGAUAAGAUUUGUAGUGAAUUUCCAUCAAUACAUUAUCCCGACCAACUGACAAUUAAUCAAUACGAGCCUGGUCAGGGAAUUCCUCCACAUAUCGACACUCAUUCAGCCUUCGAGGAUGGAAUUAUUAUAAUCAGUUUGGGCUCGCAAACAGUUAUGGAAUUUAAAAAUCCAGAUGGAGUAAAGCUACCUGUCCUACUACCCCAAAGGAGCUUAACAAUUUUACAAAAAGAGUCGCGUUAUUUAUGGUCCCAUGCUAUUGUUCCACGUCAUUCUGACUUAAUACCAGUAAACGGAUCGAAUGCUAUUACUCUAGUUCCCCGUCGAAAGAGGAUAAGUUUUACAUUUCGUAAAGUUCUGGAUCCGAAAAAAAUUUGCGAUUGUAAUUGGAAAGAUCAAUGCGAUGAUUAUAAGAAACAAGAAAAUAAUAAAAUCCUUCCAAAUACAUCACAAGAGGCAGAAAAAUUUGAAAAAGAACAUGUGCUAAAAGUUUAUGAGACCAUUUCAACUCACUUUGACGCUACUAGACAUAAACAAUGGCCAAAAGUAACAGAGUUUUUAGCUGAAAUUCAGCCAGGAUCGAUUUUAGCUGAUAUUGGCUGUGGAAAUGGUAAAUAUUUAGGAUCAGAAAAUCUAGAUGUGUUCAAAAUGGGAUGUGAUACUUGUAAAAAUCUUUGUAGUAUAUGCGCUGAAAAAAGUAUACCAGUUUUUGUUGCCGAUGCUCUAAAUGUACCUUUAAGAGACAAUUGUGUUGACGCCGUCAUAUCUAUAGCUGUUAUUCAUCAUUUUGCAACAGAAGAAAGACGAAAGAGAGCAAUAAAAGAAAUCCUAAGAAUACUUCGUAAAAAAGGUAAAGCCUUAAUAUGCGUUUGGGCAUUGGAGCAAGAGAGAGGAAAUGUUAAAUCAAAAUAUUUGGCAAAAAAUAAAGAAUCUACGCAACAAGCUAAAGAUUUACUACCCGUUCAUGAUAAUAGGACAAAAUUUGAAAGUCAAGAUUUAUUUGUUCCAUGGCAUCUAAGAAAAGAUGGCAAGAAGUCUGAAGCAGUUUAUAAUAGAUUCUAUCAUGUCUUUAAAGAAGAUAGAACGAAAAAGAUGGCGGCACCAACGUGUAACUCGGCAGAUUGCGCAAAUCAAGGAAUUAAAACUGUUGAGCUGCAAUCUGCCUCUUCAGAAAGUUCGAUAGAAGCCGAUGUUGAUUCAUCAGCGAUUACUGAUGAUGCUACACUCUCUAAAUUACAACCACCAAAAGUUAACAAAAAACUUAGACAGAGAACGACUUCGUCAAGUAACACAGCAAAUCCUGUUGUUAGAUCGGGAAUUCGAACUAUCUAUACACAAGGAAGGCCGCCAUGGUAUGAUUCUCGGGGACAACUGGAACAAGCCUUUAUGAUCGGUAUAUGCGGUGGCAGUGCUUCUGGAAAGACAACUGUUGCAACCAAAAUCAUAGAAUCCCUAAGUAUCCAAUGGGUUUCUCUCUUGUCUAUGGACUCUUUUUAUAAAGUUUUAACUGAAGAGCAACAUAAAGAUGCUUGUAAUAAUGAAUAUAACUUUGAUCAUCCUGAUGCCUUUGACUUUGAACUAAUGAUAAAAACUCUAAAGAGAUUAAAAAAAGGAAAAUCAAUUGAAAUUCCAAUUUAUAAUUUUACAACUCAUUCCAGAGAGAAAGAAAAGAAAACUCUUUAUGGUGCAAACGUUGUGAUAUUUGAAGGUAUAUUGGCUUUCCACUCGAAAGAGCUGAGAGAUUUGUUAGACAUGAAAGUAUUCGUCGAUACCGAUGCUGACAUUAGGUUGGUAAGGAGAUUAAAGCGAGAUAUUGGUGAAAGAGGCAGAGAUAUGACCGGUGUAAUGAAACAAUAUGAUAAAUUUGUUAAGCCAGCUUAUAAUCACUAUAUCGAACCAAUGACACACGUUGCUGAUAUUAUUGUGCCAAGAGGAGGAGAAAAUUUAAUCGCCAUAUCUUUAAUCAAAAAUCAUGUUCAUUCACAACUGUUAAAGAGAGGUCAUAAAUUUCGCUCAGAAUUGAAAGAAAGUGCUCAUGAUGAUCAACCCUUGCCACCUAAACUAUGUCAACUUCAAAAGACUAAACAAAUACAAAGUCUACAUACCAUGAUAAGACGUAAAGAUACACCGAGAGAUGAAUUUAUAUUCUAUUCAAACCGGUUAAUGCGAUUGUUAGUUGAAUUGGCUUUAUCUUAUCUACCAUAUGAAAAAAGGAAAAUAGAAACUCCUCAAGGGAGUGUAUACGAAGGAAAAGCUUGCAAAGCUAAAAAAUUAUGUGGUGUAUCAAUUUUAAGAGCUGGAGAAACAAUGGAACCUGCUUUAACAGAAGUGUGCAAAGACAUUCGACUUGGAAAGUUACUUAUACAAACUAAUUUUGAAACUGGAGAACCUGAGUUGCAUUAUAUACGCCUUCCAAAGGACAUAGGAGAACAUCACGUAUUUCUGUUGGAUCCUACCGUUGCUACCGGUGCAGCAGCAAUUAUGGCAAUACGAAUUCUAUUGGAUCAUGACGUGCCUGAAGAUCAAAUUAUGCUUUUAAGUUUAAUAAUGGCUGAAGUUGGAGUUCAUUCAAUAGCUUACGCCUUCCCAAAAGUUAAAUUAGUGACAACAGCUGUUGAUAAAGAAAUAAAUGAUAGGUUCCAUAUUAUACCUGGGAUAGGUAACUUUGGAGACAGGUAUUUCGGAACUGAUACUAAACCCGAAGUCGAUAUUUAA